AUGAAGCUGUUCUCACUCUUGACCGCCGUUCUGCUGUCCUCCGCCAGCGUGUCUUCCACGCCUCUUGAUGUGCGACAGGUGGUCUCGUCCAGCAUUGUCGGUUCGCCUUCCGCAAUUUCGACUGCUUGUUCUUGCCCCGCUGCUGCUACCAGCACUGCCUCCUCAGCAUCUUCUGCAGCUGCGUCUGCCACUCCCUCCACCCCCGUCGUCGCCAACGGCACCAUCAUCAACAGCUACAACUCCACCCUCUCCUACAACAGCACCGAGUCGUUCGAAGACCCCUCCGUCUAUGGCGUCAGUGCCGCUGGCUUUGCCGACGUGCACAAGGCAAAGGUUCCGCUCAACAUUGUGCUGACCAACGACGACAGUUGGGCCUCGGCCAACAUUCGUGCGCUCUACUAUGCUCUUCGUAGAGCCGGUCACCGUGUCUUGAUGGUAGCUCCGGCUGCCAACCAGUCUGGCCAAGGCGGUACCGUUGUCUUGCCUACCGAGCUCAACCUCACUUCGGCAGGUCGUGGAGGCUUUGUUCCCGUCGGCUCGCCCUACGCAGGACUCAACGUGACCGAUCCCGGUCUGCGAUACCUUGACGCUACCCCCGCCGCUUGCUCUGGCUGGGCACUCGAUCACGAUGCUCAAUACUUCUUCAACGCUACCAGAAAGAACGAUUCCACCGCAGGCGUCGACCUCGUCCUCAGCGGUCCCAACGAAGGCACUAAUCUUGGCAUUGCAUUUUACACGGGAAGUGGCACGCUAGGAGCCUCGUACUUUGCUGUGGGGCGCAAUGUGCCCUCAAUCGCAUUCAGUGCCUCCACCAACGUCCGACAAUACACCGCCCUGAACCUCUCCGAUCCCGCUGACGAAUCCGUCAAGCUCGCCACCUACUCGUCCAACUUUGUCACCGCCCUCUCGGACAACGCCAAGUCGUCCAACUCUUCCGCUCGCAUCAUGCCUCUCGGGAUCGGGCUCACUGUCAACUACCCCAAGAUCGCACCAACCGGUAGCUGCACCAACUUGACCUGGACUCACACCCGCAUGACCGGUAAAGGUCUCGCCGUUCGGCUCGUUGUCAACGCCACUACUGGUCUUCCGACUUACGCCUUUUUCGGCAGUGAUGGUAUCAAUGUCUGCAAUGCCGGUAACUGCUCGUUGCCCGGUGAGACGGAAGUGAUCUCGAACGGAAAGUGCCAGGCCUCGGCUUCGAUCUACUCGGUGGACUAUGAUGCUCCCACUUUCAGGACUCAGAAUACCAUCGCUGCGCUGACGUCGAGCAUCCAGAGCCUUAAUGGCAACUCGAACAGCUCGAACAGCACUGCUUAG